AUGGAGCAAAAAUCAAGACUUGAUCCCAAUCUGACUGCAAGGAAUCUCCUAUCAAUUCAACGUAUCGACCCUUGUGCUGUCGCAAUCCUUGACAAAACUACACAUGCUGCCAAAUACAAUUUCGAUGUGGUUGCGAAGGCAUGGACGAAAACAAAUAUCGAAGGAGCGUUGUUUAUUAUACAGAGAGCUGAUAAACCUUAUUACAGCAUGAUCAUUGCUAAUCGCCAAUCGUUGGAUGACAUGGUGGAGCCUGUGAACCCUCUUACGAAAAUGAACAACGAAGGCCACUAUCUGUUCUUCUGUAAGCCUGACAAUCAGAUUUAUGGCUUGUGGUUCUUUUCCACUGAAGACUGCACACGGAUGUAUAACCUACUCAAGAAACUUCAAGAAGACAUUAGGGCCGGGAGGAUACCUGCACCGCCCACCUCAGAUGAAAUGAGUUCUUCAAAUCUCCCAGAAUCUGUAGCACCUCCUAAUGAGUCGAAUCAACUGCUAGAACUUCUGAAAACUACGCAACCAGCUUCAUCAACCCACCAGGGUAAUCAUCGGGAUGUCUCUUCAAAUGCACGUCCUCCAUCCUCCACACAGGAGAAACCAGAAAAAGAAAAGCCGAAGCCGAAAGAGGACGAGGUAGGAACAGCAUCAGGUCCAGUAUCAGAUAUGCCUGUACUACUUCAGAAGCUUAUGAUUCAGGAGCAGCCAAAGCUGAUUUCAAAGGUGGGCUCAACUGUACUGACAUCAGAAGAUCUUGAAAAGGACUUGAUUCGUUCAGCAAAACCAAAGCACUGCCAAUUUCAGGAAAUGCUGACGUCAGGUUCGGCUGCUUCAUUAGCUGCACUAUCAAAUCGCUCAAUUCAUGGAAGCGAUGGGGAGGCAGACGCCAAUGAGGUUGAAUCGAUCGUAAGCAGUCGCGCUCCAAUAGACGAUUCGAUUUUCACAGUUGGUUCUGGUAACACCACUCCGCCAUUGAAUAAACUACAGUUUGCUGCUGCAUUGAUCCAUCUAAUGCAGACGGAUGACCACUUUCUGGCUCAGAUCCAUCAAGCCUAUGUGGAUGCUAUCAACAGAAGAAUUAGUAGAAACUGA